CGUUAUUAAUGCCGCGCUUGAUGGAGUGCGGCGUUGUCCCAUGCAAAUCCGCCGCCUCGCGUCCUCCAAUCAGAGCGCGGCGUCACUUAGCGUCUUCCAAUGGGAGAUAGGCGCUCGCGCGGUUAUCUGCUCGCCGUCGCCGCUGGAGGCCACUGACCGGAGGACGGCGCUUCAGAUGCGGGCGAUCACGGCACUCAAAGCGGGCGUGAGAUCUGCCGGCGGCCGGCAUCCGGAUUCUGCUUCGGGACGCUCGUGAAACUCUUUUGCAUGGGAGACAUUCGCAGACUCUGACUUCCAGCUCCAGUGGAUGAGUUGUCGAGUUGAGUGCGCUGUUGUACUUUUUACGCGGAGCAUCCUGUGGUUCGUGCGCACCAAUGAUAGCGGUCGGGCAGAUGGAUAGUAACCGGCAGAGUGCGUUCGUUCUGGGCAGCACUCCUCUGGCUGCGCUGCACAACAUGACCGAGAUGAAGACCUCUUUAUUCCCGUACGCCCUGCAGAACCCCGCGGGCUUCAAGGCUCCUUCCUUCUGCAACCUGAGCUCUCAGAUCCCGCUGGGAACGCCGCAUGGAAUAAGCGAUAUCUUGGGGAGACCCAUCACCGCAGGACAGCUGCUCUCGGGCUUUCCCCGGAUCAACGGCUUGACAUCAGCCGGGAUGUACUUCAACCCCGCGGCGGUGUCUCGGUACCCCAAACCGCUGACGGAGUUGCCCGGGAGGGCGCCCAUAUUCUGGCCGGGAAUGAUGCAGGCUUCGCCCUGGAGAGACCCGCGGGUUCCCUGUCCGGCCCAGGCACAUCUGAUGCUGGACAAGGAUGGGAAGAAGAAACACUCCAGACCAACUUUUUCCGGACAGCAGAUCUUCGCGCUGGAGAAGACCUUCGAACAGACCAAAUAUCUGGCCGGACCGGAGCGAGCUCGACUCGCCUAUUCUCUGGGAAUGACCGAGAGUCAAGUCAAGGUAAACCAGAGGCGGGGUUUAUAUUAA